CGCCUCAGCCUACCCACAAGGGAUUCCCUCUCCAGCCAAUCGCGUCUGAACUACGGGACGGCCCCUAACAAAGAUGGCGGGGGAGGCCUCAGUGAGGGCAGGCUGAUUUAAUACCCGAACCCGCGGCGGACCGCGAAGACAGAGGUAGCGGCGCAGCCCCGACCAUGGAGGAGGGCAACAGCGCUGGCAGCGGUGGCAGCGACAGCAGCACCAGCGGGAGUGGCGGGGCGCAGCAAAGGGAGCUGGAGCGCAUGGCUGAGGUCCUGGUCACCGGAGAGCAGCUACGGCUCAGGCUGCAUGAAGAAAAGGUUAUUAAAGAUAGGCGACAUCAUCUCAAAACCUACCCAAACUGUUUUGUUGCGAAAGAACUGAUUGACUGGUUGAUUGAACACAAAGAGGCUUCUGACAGAGAGACGGCAAUUAAACUCAUGCAGAAAUUAGCAGACCGGGGCAUUAUUCAUCACGUGUGUGAUGAGCAUAAGGAAUUCAAGGACGUCAAACUCUUCUAUCGCUUUAGAAAGGAUGAUGGCACCUUCCCAUUGGACAACGAAGUGAAGGCCUUCGUGAGAGGACAGAGGCUGUAUGAGAAGCUGAUGAGCCCUGAAAACACACUCCUGCAGCCCAGGGAAGAGGAAGGGGUCAAGUACGAGCGCACCUUCAUGGCGUCUGAAUUCCUGGAUUGGCUGGUUCAGGAGGGUGAGGCCACCACAAGGAAAGAGGCGGAACAGCUUUGCCACCGGCUUAUGGAGCACAGCAUCAUACAGCACGUGUCCAACAAGCACCCGUUUGUGGACAGCAAUCUUCUCUACCAGUUCAGAAUGAACUUCCGGCGGAGGCGAAGACUGAUGGAGCUGCUCAAUGAAAAAUCCCCCUCCUCCCAGGAAACUCAUGACAGCCCCUUCUGCCUGAGGAAGCAGAGCCAUGACAAUCGGAAAUCUACCAGUUUUAUGUCAGUCAGCCCCAGCAAGGAGGUCAAGAUCGUGUCUGCCAUGCGGAGAAGCAGCAUGAGCAGCUGCGGCGGCAGCGGCUACUUCAGCGGCAGCCCCCCCGCCAGCGGCAGCCCCCCCGUGCUCUGCAACCCCAAGUCUGUGUUAAAAAGACCCGUCACUUCUGAGGAACUCCUGACUCCCGGGGCUCCGUAUGCGAGGAAGACAUUCACGGUUGUUGGUGACGCAGUAGGCUGGGGCUUUGUGGUGCGCGGCAGUAAGCCAUGCCACAUCCAGGCCGUGGAUCCCAGUGGCCCAGCAGCCGCUGCAGGAAUGAAGUCCUUUUCCUAGAGCAGUAAACCAGUGAAGCAAUGGCAUGGUUUGGAUCUCCACAGCUCUGGUUUCCAGCACUUACCUUCUGGCAAUGGUUUACCUACUAGAAAAGAGAGGUGGGAAGCCGAGACCAGCUCAAGGGAGCACAGAGCAGAGAUUAUGGCCAGUCCAGGUAACCGAUGCUGGUAGGAUUCAGGAUUGACUCUGCCCCCUGCUUUGAACACCUCCUUCACACAGGGAGGCACAGGCUUCCUGUGUCUUGUGCUCUGGGUAGGUUACAGAAGCCUCGUUGGCUAAGUCCAUCUGUAUUAGAGGCCCUUCCUACAUCCUCAGUAUUGCAGUGGGCACAGCCCCAAAGAAACCCAGAGCAGGAAAGUUGGCCAGGAGCAUUUGUAUCUGCGCUGAGGCCGAAUUUUUCAUUUUCUAAUGGAACUCUUGGCUGUGGGAAGAGUUUUAUAUUUUAUUCCCACAGUAAAGUACCUCAGUAUAAAUUAUUUCUGGCAGCGUGCUUUGGUUCUGAGCGUGCACUCACUCGCAUGGGGCUUGAAGCAUACUUCCUUUGGGGAAAACAGUGGAUUUACAUGGCAGCUAAAGACGUUGUUUUGCUUAGCCAGGUGUCUUUCAUUGAUUCUAGUCCAUCUUUAUUGAUUAACAUGCAUAAUUGUUCUAGACAUUGUCAGUUGAUUUCUUAAUUAACUUCUGAAUGUACAUACCCUGAUGGAUGGGUAACCUGAUACACUUUUGUCAAUUUCAGAAGCUAACACUUCAUACGGUUUAUAUUCUUAGUUUUUCAGGGGGUUGUACAAUGGUUUUCAUAUGUUAUAGGGCAGUACAGCAUUCAGUAGAACAGCGUUUCCAAAACUGUAUUAUACAGCUCUCUGGUCCAGCAAAAUAUCCUGUCCUGAGGUUCUGUGAUCAAAACAGUUUUCAACUGCUGCACAGUUUAUUCCCCUCUUGGAAAUCUACAAAAAGCACAUUAGCAUACUAAAAAUGCUGGGAAAUCCAUCUGGGGGAAAAAAAUCUGUUUAAAUUAUCUAACACAACAUUUAUCACUGAAAUGAAAUCUUAAAAUAUAGCCCUGUUCUAAAAACCUGCUUUUGAUGAAAUUCUAUAUUAGAAUGACUGUAUUGAGAUAUUUUUGAAUUGUACUAUUGGUUAAAUGAAAAUGACAGGGAGUAACGUGCUCUUCCAUGUAAUCUACUUGUGUAUGUUCAUUUAAAUCCAUUACUUUGUUAUAGAAAACACUGAAUGAAUUAUUUCGUAUAUUUACCAUAUGUAUUUGUUACAGAAUAACUUAUAUAAAAAGCCCUUUGUAUAACCCAGGGGUCCCCAACCCCCGGGCCGCAGACCGGUACUGGUCCGUGGCCUCUUAGGAAC